AUGGUGUCAUUUCAUGCUUCAUCACUACAACCGCCGCCCCUCCGUCCGAUCAAGAUCCAGCUGCUGGAAAUCUGCUUCAUUCAUCAUCGGGGUUGUGGUGUCGACAAGAUUUGCUUACUACGGCAUAAGCUCAAAACUCAUGAGCGCUUGAUACAUCAACAACCGCAACAUCCACCGCAUCGUAAUACAUGUCUGAAAUCCUCUCCGCCUUCCUCAGCACGUCGUUCAGAUCGGCGGUCAAAAUGCGGUGGAUCCGUCGUGCUUCAUCUGCUCGCUGAAAAAAUGGCAGAAAAAGCAGUGACCUUCAGAACGAGGAAGUUCAUGACGAACCGCCUCCUCUCUAGGAAACAAUUCGUCAUUGACGUUUUGCAUCCAGGAAAGGCGAAUGUUUCUAGGUCUGAGUUGAAGGAGAAGUUGGCAAGGAUGUAUGAGGUUAAAGAUUCGAAUGCCAUCUUCGUGUUCAAGUUCAGGACCCACUUUGGUAGAGGCAAAUCUACGGGCUUUGGCUUGAUCUAUGAUUCUGUUGAGAGUGCAAAGAAGUUUGAGCCUAAAUACAGGCUUAUCAGGAAUGGUCUGGACACUAAGGUUGAGAAGUCGAGGAAGCAGAUGAAGGAAAGGAAGAACAGAGCAAAGAAAGUUCGUGGUGUUAAGAAGAUAUUGAGCCUAUCUUACCCUUUGUUUGCUUAUCUUAUUGCUGGUACUGAAAGCUGA